CAGUAUUCACUAGGAAAAAGGCUGAAAAAACAGCGUUGCCCUAUCAAAGUCCGAACCAACAAGAGACGACACUUUUCGCGUUGCGGCAGACUGAAGCAAGACUUUGAACGUUCUUCACAAAUUGUUCAUACCUACCAAAUUCGUUCUUGAAAUCAGCGAAAUACGGUUUCUCGUCAAAUGCGAAGUUUCUAAUUCGCACUCUUGCGUACACAGCUAAGAGAGAGGGAAGAGAGGAUAGGAGAGGAGAGGUGAAGUUAUCGAUGGCAGAGAAAAUUGAAGCUGAGAGAAGGAGAGCUAUUGAAGUACCAAUUAGUCCUUCGAUUCCUUCGGGCGAAGGCACUGUUUGGGCUGAUGCUUCAUCUCUUCUUGGACUUGCCUGCAACGAUCUUCGAGAUGAUGAGCUGAUAAAUGGUGAAAAUUUUAAUCUUUUUGCAGCCAUGUCAGCCUUAGAGAUAAUGGACCCAAAGAUGGAUUCAGGUAUUGUUUCUACAUAUUAUUCUAUUGAUGAAGCCAUUGAGAAUGGUGCUGCUCCUGUUCCUUUGAGUUUUGAUAGAACACUUGAUGUGCAACGUAUUAUAGACAUCAUGGAUCAUCUACUAUCAUGUGAGGCAACAUGGCAUAAGGGAGGAUCACUAGCCCAAACCGUUUUCUCUUCCAUCUACCUUAUGCGUCCUGAGAGAACAUCAUCGCAUGCACUACUACAUUCUUACUGCAGAGUUAUACGUGCAACUUCCAAUGCUGUUGUUUCAGCUGUCUCAGACGCACGUACAAAUGAAGAAGAGGAUCUUUUCACUAUGACUUAUGGCCUACCAUUAAAGAGUGAAGGAGAUGAUAAAUGCUUAUCAAUGCUGCAUGCUGUGGAAGAAAUAAUUUCUCGCCAAUUAAGAGCUUGUAAAGCACCACCAUCUAAAAAAAGAGUUUUAGAAGAUAUAGAGCCACUGCAAAAUAACUUAGAUCUUGAAGAAGGAUUUUGCAAAGCUUUGUUGUGCCGCUUACGUUUUCGUAAGCACUUUUACCAUGUUCUGACAUGCAUGAGGCGGCCUCAAGGCAAAGGUUUGGAGUUGGCAAAGAAGCACAUCGUUUCCUGCUUAUCAGAGCUAGAUUCCAUGCUUAAAUCAGGAGAAUUCCUGAGAUCCAACAAUGCAUGUGGAACUUUAGAGGAUGGAAUAGAAGAUAAAACAACAGCCUCUGGCUGUCAACCCAUUGGUUUUGAUUCUACGUUAAACAGUAGGUCAGCAACCCCUACUCCACCUCGUGCAAUUAAACUAUUUAGCUGGAAAAAGGCAGUCAAUUAUUUCCAGAAGCUUCUUCAUGAUUUAGAAAUUCUAUGUUCCUAUUCUUCGGAUCCAGUGUUUGAAAGUGUUUUACGCUUUGUGGUUGAUUUUCAGAAGUUUCAACCUGAUUUGGUUGCUAGAGCCCUAGUCCAGCUUCUGGUGGUUCAAGAUGGGAGGCUCUACGGACGUGAUCCAAUGUUUGCUGUUAUUUGCAAAGAUGCUUUGCUGCCUGAUGGGGCAAAGAAUCAUGAUAUUCAAAAGAAUAUAACUGUUCCACAACUAGAACAGUUAGCAAUCAAUUUGCUGAGAGUUCUAUGUACAAAUACUUCAUGGCAAAGGCGUAAACUGGGGAAGAUUUUACAAGAUUGGCGUAUCAUUUAUGUUCAGCUAGAAUUGGCUUUCAAAAAGGAGUAUGGGGAUAUUUUACGCUCCUCAGUUGAUGAGAAUUUAUGCAUAAAGAUCUGCAAGCAUAUCCUCAUUUGGGUAGAAGAGAAGACAUACUGGAUAGCUUCACGCUUCCUGACACUGGGCUUUGAGUUGGAUCUAUAUUCUCCUAGUGAAUAUUGCAUGGCUUAUUGGUACAUGUAUGUUAUCCUGAUGAAACUUGCAGAGAAAACACAUAUCAAAAUGAUGAUGAGCAAUGAAACUAGUCGACGGAAAACAAAGAAGAAGAGAGAUUUUGUGAGGGACAUGGGGAAGGACCAUCAGAUUCCUCCUGCAGUCUUAUUGUUCCAGUGUUACAUCUAUGUUGCUGAAGGUCUUAUGCUGAUGCUUGCAGCCUUACGAAAUGAACACAAGGUCUUUCUAAGUUUGGGUCCUUUCAACAGUGAGCAUGAGAGAUUUAUCCAGCACUUCGAGCUCUUACAGAAGGCUUGCCUUCCCGACAAUGUCUCUUACUUUUCAUUCAGGGAAACCACAAUUCAUGCUCGUUUCUCUACGAUAUCUGUGUAUAACUGCUUCAAGGAUGCCCAGAGGAUUGCAAAGGAGCUACGGGAUAGUUUUGCUAAUGAUCCCGACAGAAUAGCUGAGCUUCGUCGGAUAGAGCAGGUUGCAGAGCACAAUGGUAUUGCCCUAAACCUCAUUUGCCGGUUAGGGACUCUCGACCCAUCACUUAAAGUUUCUUUCGAAUUCACCCACCAUCCUUACCUUGCUGUUGCUGUUGUCAAGAGAUCUUGAAAUUGGUCCUUGAUGAUCUCUAUCAAUUUUGAUGUUCUUGAUAGGCUUCCACAAUAUUUACUUCAUUCAAGCUUAUUAUUUGUUGCAACAUUUUUCCUCUUCGUCCAUUGAUUUUUUCUUCAGCAUAAUUUAGUGAUGUAUAAUUUGCAAGAAUAGACGAACAAUUUCUAAUUAAUGAUGUACAAUAUAAAAUCUGUCGCGGGGUAAUGUAUCAUAGCUGAGUUAAUGAGGGGAAUUAGCAACAAGAACCAUUUUACAGAGUAGGUGGAAGUUCUUCAGGCCUUAAGGCAUUAUAUUGCGAA